AUCUGUUUAUAUUAAAUGAUCGUUGUUAAACUGAUAUUGAGUGAAAGGUGACUAGACUGCAUAUUGUCCACAUGUUAAAACUAGGUGUAUUCCCGCGGUGCUUCUGGGCGCUCAAAAAUGUUGUUUGGUCAUCACUUAUUAACACCAGACAGUUAAGAAUCGACAACACUGGUGGAGAAAAUCCCUCUGCCGAUAAUAUGGCUAAUAAAGAUGAGCUGAGGAAACGUCUGGUUUGGGUGGAUCUCGAAAUGACUGGCCUAGAUGUGGACAAGUGCCAUAUUUUGGAGAUGGCCUGUCUAGUCACGGACAGCGACCUCAACGUUGUGGCUGAGGCCCCUAAUCUCAUCAUAAAUCAGCCUGAAGAGAGAUUAGCGGAGAUGGACGAGUGGUGUACAACGCAUCACACUGACUCUGGUCUUGUGGAUGCAGUCAGGGCAAGCAAGGUUUCAGUGCAGCAAGCCGAGUAUGAGAUGCUUGCGUUCAUUCGUCAACACACCAUGCCUAAAAAGUGCCCCCUGGCAGGCAACUCGGUCCACGUUGACAAGACUUUCCUGGAGAAAUACAUGCCACAGUUUGUUGAGCAUCUUCACUAUCGGAUAGUUGAUGUUAGCACCGUCAAGGAAUUAUGCAGGCGCUGGUACCCUCGGCAGUGGAGCGAUGUCCCCUACAAGAAAGGCGCUCAUCGAGCUCUUGAUGACAUCACCGAGAGUAUCAAAGAACUGAAAUACUACAGGACUAAAAUCUUCAAGUGAUUUUGAAUCAAGGAAAGUUUGCAUUUUGGCUGGUUGCAUUUCGGCAUUUCCUGUUUUAGGUGAAUAUCGGUGCCAAGACAACUUUUAGCCAACAAAUUUACUAAGCACAGCAUAAAAUUGCUUAGUAGAUUUUACAGGGGACCAGGCAAAAUGCAGUAUGUGUAUUCUGUUUCUCACUGGUUCUCUGUCAACAUAUGCUUGCACAAGUUUUGAAGACUCUGUGAGACAGGGCCCUUGUUUUAGUACAAACAAGUUGAAGGCUUUCAGUAUAAUUUACAAGUACAGUACAAGUCAACUUUGGUGUUGUUUAAGCUAAUUUGCCUAAAUUUUGUAUUCCUAAAUAUGUUUACGAGGGCGACAGAAGCUGUAUGGCCUCCAACAAACCUAAUACUUUGUUUUUGUUGGGGCAAGGUAGUUGUUUUAAGUAAAGGGCACCUCAUCUCAUUGAAGGAAAUGUAAAUUUAUAUCGGAAUAUUUCAAUGGGGCAUAAAGGCAGGUGGCUCCUUGCCCCCUGCUCUAUUAGAAACUUCAGGGCAAUAUAUAUAAUAUAAUAUUUCAUUUUAGUGCUCUCUAAAAAAUCAAAAUAAAAGAGCAUGUCCUCGUAAAAUGUUCUUCAUUCUGAAGCUGUAUUAGAAAUCUUGAAUUGUGUAUGCAAGAUUCAAAACCUUUGAAUAGUGAAGAAAUUGUGAAAUAAUUAAACUAGUUCAUCAGGCCUGGAAUUUCAUCUUUGAAAGGGCAAGACCAUUUUCGUUUUGCAAAGGGCACUGGAAAAUCUUAAAGUCUAUGGAAAACUUUUUCAGGGGCAGCAAGGCCAAGAUCAGGGGUAACAGAGGCUGUGUAAUUCCAUGCCUGGUUUAUGGCAGACAACCAAGUUGAUAGAGGUGGUGUUUUUCUCUAUGGAAGAACUUGACUCCCCUCUAUCUUCACAUAUUCACCACUUCUAUCAAGAAGAAAUUAUGAUAGUCGUCCAUAAAUUAGUUUCCUGGGUCUUUAAAAUGCGCAAAAGCUUUUCAAUUCCAAACCCCCAUGGGUCGAUUUCACCUUGACUUUGAAUCAAUCAACAUCACAAUACAGAUAAUAUGGUGAUACUGAAAACCAAUCUUAAGAUCAAUCUUGGUGAUUUGUGAAAUCGAGCCCUGGAAACUCAGCAAAUGUAAUCAGUAAUAAGCCACAAGGGAAACUGACUGUGUAAAUAUUAACUAUUUAGGGGUUGAACAAAGAACAAAUGAUACGAGUGGGAUUUGAACUGUGACCUCCAGAUCAACCUGCCAGUGCUCUAUCAACUGAGCUACAUGUUUCUAGCCCCAAUGAUGGUGGUCUCCGUAUUCUGACAAGGACAUUGACCAUUAAUCGGGAGACCGUCAAUAUUGGGGCAAGAAAGCUCAGUUGGUGGAGUGACUGGGUGAAAAUAGUUAGAUCCCGUGCAAGGAUUGUUUGCCCAUCGCAAAAUAGUAGUUUGCCCAAGGCGA